UCAUUAGAAGCAAAAGAUAUUCAACCCGGUGAUUAUGUUUCCACACCAUUUCGUGGAGGAUCGCGUCAAGGUUAUGUUAAAGAAAUCGUUAAGUCUGAGGAAGAAGCAAAAAAGCAUCCAACUGUCGCAAA